AUGCGUUCCAACUACAUUUUCGCUCUCGUUACCGCCAUCGCGGCCAUUAGCUCAGCGGCGCCGGCGCCCCAGGUUUCUGGCUCCGCGCCCCCGGCCCCCAUCGGCUCCGGCCACCCUCCCCAGCCCCACGACAGUGGAGCUCCCCCGAGCGGCACCCCUCCCCCGCGCCCGACUGGAACCUUCAAGCCCGAUGGACCUCCUCCCAGCGGUACUCCCCCAGCUCGUCGCCGUGGCAUGUUCAACCGUCGUCAGAACUCAGCCCACCCCAACCCCCCAAGCGGUGCUCCUCCUUCUGGCACUCCUCCUCCUCGCCCUAGCGGUGCCCCAACCGACUUCCCCAGUGGUGCAACCCGCCCAACUGGUUCCCCUGGUGGCCAUGGCAACUUCGACGCCGAAGGUGCUCCCUCUGGUGCUCAACCCAAUGGCCCGCCUCCUUCUGGAGUUCGCCCCAGCGGUCCUCCCCCGUCUGGAGCUCCUCCCUCUGGAGCCCCUCCCUCCGGCGCUCCCCCUGCUGCUACUGGCAACGCCCGCCGUGCCGAAAAGUCUGCUCCCGCUGGCGCUAAGCCUUCAGGGCCCCCUCCGUCUGGCGCCCGUCCCAGCGGCCCGCCUCCCUCUGGUGUUCGCCCUGACGGUGCUGCUCCUACCGGCCCUCCUCCUUCUGGCACCCCCCCUUCGGGAGCACCGCCUUCCGGUCCUCCUCCUAGCGGCGCCCCCGCUCCUACUGGCAAUGCUCGUCGCGCUGCUGAUGAGUCCGCUCCAGCUGAAAAGCCUACCGGCACUCCUCCUCCUCGUCCUAGCGGCGCUCGUCCUAGCGGCCCUCCUCCCUCUGGUGUCCGCCCUGAGGGUGCCCCCUCUGGUCCUCCCCCUAGCGGUGCCCACCCUACCGGUCCUCCUCCUUCUGGAGCUCCUCCCUCCGGCGCUCCCCCUGCUGCUACUGGCAAUGCCCGCCGCGCUGCUGACGAGUCUGCUCCGGCUGAGAAGCCUACUGGCACUCCUCCUCCUCGCCCCAGCGGUGCUCGCCCCAGCGGUCCUCCUCCUUCUGGCGUCCGUCCUGAAGGUGAAGCUCCUUCUGGCACCCCUCCUCCUCGUCCCACCGGUGCUCGUCCCAGCGGCCCCCCUCCCUCCGGUGCUCCUACUGGUGCUCCUCAGCAGCAGCGUCGUGAGGCCAACUCAUCUCGCCCUGCUCCUCCCUCUGGCACUGGUGCUCCUCCCCCUCCCCCUUCCGGCGCUGCUCCUAGCGGUCCUCGCCCUUCUGGUGUUCGCCCUGAGGGUGCUCCCAGCGGACCUGCCCCUAGCGGCCCUGCUCCCACCGGCCCUCCUCCCUCCGGUGCUCCUCCCGCCCCUACUCAGAGAGCUUAA